AUGGGUAGGCCGAAGCAAAAACAUUACUGGAAUCAAGUUACAAAAGAGGCAGACGGUACAUGGAAGUGCAAGUGGUGUGAACGCAAGUUUAGUGGAGGUGUUUCUAGAAUUAGACCCCAUGUGGAUCGUAUUCCAGACAAAGGUAUAUCUGUAUGCUCCUACAGCAUCGUUUCUACUGAGCGUCAUCGUUCACAAAUACAACCACAAUCACAAUCAACUUCAAAUAGAAUGAAUCCAAUAGAAGAUGCCUUAUUUGGAGAUUCAAUGGAGCAUCCAAUUAGUAUUAGUGAACCCAUUAACUUCCCGGGAGGCUCGGCAGCGGUGGCUCAAAGCAACAAUGGUUUUGUAAGUGAUGAGAUUAAAAAGUUAAAUGAAUUGGUGCAUGAUCUAACACUUAAAGAAGACGGCAUUAAGGGAGAGUUAGAGUGGCUCAAGUCACAGAACAAGCAGAGCAAGACACAAGUUGAUGAUUGGUUGAAUAAACUGCAAGAAUUGAAAAUGAAAGUUGAUGAUUGCUUGAAGCUUGUGAAAGAUGCACCUGUGAUAGGAACUCAUAAUAUGUACGAAAGCUAUCCACAUUAUCUUAGACUUCAGAUUCAGCAAUUAACUGCACAAGUGAGUGAGCAUAUCAAGAAGCGAAAGCCUCUGGUACUGUCAAAUGAAUUUGUUGGCGAAGAUUUUGAGAGAAAUGCUAAAAGGAUGUGGAAACUUGUUGGAGACUACCAAAUCUUUAUGAUUGGGAUACAUGGAAUGGGAGGGGUGGGUAAAACAUGUCUUGCAACUCAUAUGGAAACUCAAAUCAAAAAGAAAGGAGCCUUCAACCACGUCAUUUGGGUCACGGUGUCCCGUGAUUAUACCAUUUUGAAGCUUCAAGAAGACAUCGCCAGAAGAAUUGGUGCAAAGCUUAAUGGAUAUGAUGAUGAGAGAACAAGAGCAGCACAUUUGUCAUCUGCAUUAUCUGAGAAAGGAAGAUGGGUGCUUAUUUUGGAUAACGUUUGGAAAAUUCAUUGA